AUGAACGCCCAUCGAACGUGGAAAUACGUGACGCUGGACGCCACGGGGACGUUGUUGCGGCCAGCGGAGCCUCCCGGCGUGACCUAUUUGCGUUUCUGGGAGGCGACCUCGGGUCAAUCGUUCUCCUCGUCACGCCGCGCCGCGUUGGGUGCCGCGCUCACGUCGAAUUUCCCGUCCGAAUUCAGUCUCCAGUCACGUCGCCGACCUAAUUUCGGGUCGGACGGCACAACUGCGUCUGCUUUCCCGUGGUGGCGCGAACUCAUACUCAACGUGAUGACGCGCUCUGACGUUGCCGUCAACGCCGAGCUCAGCGAACGUUUUACGCGGGAUCUGUACGCGCAUUUCGCCCGUCCUGAAGCUUGGACGGUAUACGACGACGUGCGGCCGACACUCGAGAAGCUACGGACGUUGAACGUGCCUAUGGGCGUCAUAUCGAACUUCGACGAGAGACUGGAGCCGCUGCUGGCCGACCUGGAGCUUAGAAGCUUCUUCGACGUGGUCACGACGUCCUUCAGCCAGCCACACAUGAAGCCACACACAUCCAUUUUCCUCUCAACAUUUAAACAGAUGCAAAGAGAGGAAGGAGACGUAGAACCCAGCAGGUUUUUGCAUGUAGGAGACCACUUGUCUAAAGACUACAAGGCGGCGAAAGACGUGGGUGCGCACGCUCGCUUAGUAUGGAGAAACAAGCAGACAGCGCCACCUCCAAACGUGGUGACAGAGCUGCGACGAGAUUUUGACGGAAUGUGUGUGUCAAUUGCGAGUGAACUUGCGGUCUGUGAUGACCCAACGCGGUGGCUCGAUCUGUUGACAGCUGUCGUAGUCGAAGACCGUGCGCCGGAGCUGACAGAACGACUGGAAAUGGAUUUCUUGCCUCAGAUUGUGCAGAUUCUACUGGGAAAAUCGCUCGAGUCGGGGGUGGAGAGAGUCCACAAGUUUCUGCAAUGGACUCUCGAAAAUGUCAAAAAGGGUCUGAAGCAGGGAGAUGUUUCUCGACUGUCGUGUCUCGCUCGGAUUCUGGAUGGACACCGCAGAUUUUACUUGUACCACGGCACUAGCAACGAUACGAGUGAGACAGAAACCCGGGAAAUCUCUGACCAAACACGGAGAUUUAUUGUCCGACGGAGUUCGGAAUACACGUCUCGGUAUUUCCUGCACAACCUCGAAUAUUGGGGGCAAUUGGACGGAUUCUCCGUACUCCUCGAUGUUCUACAAACAGAUACAUCGUUUGAAGUGCUGCAGUGUGUUCUACGCACUCUGUACGACGUAAAAGAUCACUUGAACUCGGAGUUUUUGGGCGUAUAUUUUCCGAAAUUGACGAAUUCCGUAUGCACUUUCAUGCAACAUUUACCGUCUGCCGAUUUCUACGCGCUAUCUCGUGAUUCGUUAUUAGAGGUCGUGCAGGUCAUGGAGCUGCUACUAGUCAAGAUCGAACAUGGCGCGAAGCAACCGACAGCAAUGACAGAACACGUAUCUUUACGUGAAAUCUGCGAACAGCGAGUACAGAUUCUUCGCCUUGAAAUAUCUAUGCGAUUUUUCCAGAGCACGUCCUUGGAGAAACGCAUCUACGGAUUAACCGAGAUCGUGGUGAUCAUCACGCGGCUAUACAACGAUCAGAUACAGGAACAGACCGACCCCACGGCCGCCUCGCUGUUGGCUACCUUGGAUUAUCUGGUCAACUGGAUGCACGACAAGCGGCUCAUGCAGGAAUUACUGGGCGAGAAGAUGCACGUCGAGCUGAUUAAAAGAUCCACGUCGCUUUUCCAGUUUGUAUCGGAGCUGGAAGUCCUGCCGACUGAGUGGAUUGACUUGGUAUGGAGCUGCUACCACGCAGAAGCUGACGACGCGCAGGAAUCUCGUCCGGUGCAGAGACGCCACGAAGCUUUUCGCUCGACAAUUCACGAUUUGCUACUGGAAAUGGCAACGUUCAUGGAAAAUCCGUCGCUUCUCCACUUGGUUCGCCGGAUUGAAUCUGUGAAAGCCAAGUUAGACUCGAACCAACUGGGACUCCUAGCCGCGAUCGCUGCUCGCAGAUUUCUCGCAUUUGAAGAUGCUAGAACGUCGCUACGACAGCGGAUUUUAAUGCACUUGUGGUCGACGGUGCUUCCCUAUGUGAGAUCGGAGGAUUUUCAAGACGAGAUUUUGCUUCGUAUGCAUGAGAUACUCCGGCUAGAAGCGACAAGUGAGGACGAGACUGAAGUCAAGUGCAAGUGUGCGAUGCUAGACGAGUUCCUUGGAUUGUGUAUGGAUAAUAUCCGUCGACGCGAAAAUCUAGGGAUUUCUCUGAAGCUGUUCACUCAAUUAUCUGCUCUGGCUGUCGAAGUAGGCAUUAUCGUGGCGGAAAGUAGUGACGCGUACGUUGGCGUCUUGUUGAGCGAGACUGUGGACUACAAGGAAAGAAUUCGACAGAAUCUAAACAUGGUGGAUUUUCUGCACCUAAUGGAUGAUGCACGAGAGAAACUUUCGAUUUUGACAAAUCACGUAGGUGAGGUCAAAAAUCGACUUUUGGCGCUCCGAGCGGCGUGGAUUUUAGACGCAGCUGACGACAACGAAUCCUCGUUCACUGAAGAACAGCUGAAUAAAGUGUGGGAGCUCAUGAUCGCUGACGCGUUUCUAUCGGACGAAGCCGCUCUUUGCUUCCAGUGGAUCGAACUUUGUCUGAACACGCCAGUUGAGAAAAAUCCGAUCAUAAAGAACGCGGAUUCCCGCGCUCUGAUGCCUCUCAGUAUCGCGGAAUAUCUGCUCACAACCAAGUUUGCCACAUUAUCUAACGACCACAUCACAUUAUCCACUUUAUGCUGUUUCCACAGUAUUUUCCGUCGAAUUAACAAUCUGAAAGGAGGUGACAAAGAGGAAUCCGUGGAGCUGAUGACGGGGCAACCGCUUGUUGGCCUGGACGAGCUAUGGCAACUCGCUGUUCGAGCGACAGACGCUGCAGUCGCAGAGGAGAUUAUCGCGUUACUGGCGAGUUUCCACUUGGCUUUUACACCCGAAAUCCGACAAACGGAGCUGCCAUUCCAGUGUAAAAUGCGGUUUAUCGAGAAGUGCAUGGGGUUUAUCGCGACAGCUAAGAAAGGAGCCGAGCUGGUGUCAGAUGCAGACAAUGAUAAAAAAUCCAAGGACGUGGCGAUUGUCAAUCGCUGUGUGGAUCUAUUGCGCUAUUUCUUAGAAGCGUGUAAGGUUGAAGACGACGCUGCUUCGAAAGAUGAAGAAGAUUUGCUUCGGAAACUGGAAAGUGAAGCUGCGAGGGAAGAGAACCAGAAAGCGCCGAAGAUUUUCCCGCUGGAACAUCUGGAGGAGCGGCUGCCAUAUCUGGAAAUGUAUCCGUCUCCCAUGAAAGAUUCCCAAUCUGAAGCAGCUAAAAUCGGGUAUCCAACAGGCCGCAGACCCAGUUGGACGUUCCGUCAGCAGCAUGCGUUGUUGGAUGUUAUCGUUGACGCAAACGAAGAAGCAGAAGUGGAAGAAUCUGCGUCGACGGAAGCAGAUAAUCUGCCACCGAAGAUAGAUAUUUUACUGAAGACAGAGAGUCCAGCCAAACCGAGUCUGCGCUCUUCGUGUGCACGAGCAGAUUUGAGCUAUCCACAAGCUUCUUCUCCGCAGCGCGGACCAAACUUGCGACCUGAAGACGUUGAUCUAGCGAUAACGGAUUUUACCAACAAAACUCCAUCGGAUUCGACGACAAAAUCCACGACGAUCAAGACGACAUACGGCGCUGUGAGCCAGAUUCUAGCGAACCAAGGCUCGUACUUUAACGUUUUACUGCAACUUGUCGACUGGAACGAGACGACGUCGCAGAGGACGUGGGAUUUACUGUGUCGCUUACCCACAAACAACGAAUUACUCCGCAGAAUGAUCCACUUGCGUCGUGCAGAGAACGAGGAAGCGGAUUGGUCGGAUUUGUUGGAUAGUUCAAAUAUCCAUCGACUGCUGUACGCUCUCCGAUUAGUGGAAGCGUUGUUGAUACCAAUUGAAGCCACGAACAAAGACGAACUCAAUUCAGGACGACGACAGUGGAGAGAGCGCUUUGUCCGGUUGGGAGGAACGAAACAUCUGUACGAGACGUUGUUGCAAUGGCCGGAAGAACAGAUUUUUGAUCGAGACUCGGUUUCGUCUCAGUACGCUCAGAAUAUCCGCGCCACUUGCCUCGCCGCUGUCAUGCGUGUGCUCAACUACUUUUUCUACUGGAAUCGACAAACUAUCGAGCGAGGUCACGCGUCUCCGUUUGAUGUACGACUGCAGUUCUCGACUUUCCCAGAGUUCGUAAAAUCCAUUGAACUCUCGUCAAUGCUGCGAGUUGUAGUACAGCUAACGGCGAGAUUUUCUUCGCAAAAAUCCGAGAGUAAGGCCCCGUUUUCUGACGAAGCAGCCGAGGCGGUGUGCUGUGGAGUGCAGCUGUGCUGCUCAAUUAUUCGCUUCGAACCGCAUCUAACGAGCCAGGUAUUUAAUCCGAACAUCGAGGACGGAAAAUCCAGUGAAAUGUCUGCAUGGCUAAAGUCGCUGCUGGUGGAUUGUCCCUCUAAAUCGACGAGAGGACAGGCACUCCUUACACUAUCCGAGAUGGCUACGGCAUUCGGCUUCAUGGAUUCUUCCUCCACUCGAAGUAUCUUCGAGCUGCUUGUGGGCUCGGCGUGUUAUCUGGUCUCGGAUGAAUGUUUUAGUGAGAAAAUCUACAACUUCUCCGUCCUGGAGGAGUUAUUUACGUUCUGUAGAGUACUUCUCGGAUACUCGCGGGUGCUGGAGACGAUAAAUCUCGCCGGUCGACAGUGGAAUUACGCCCCCGCAGACUCGUUUCUGGACGUGAACACACCGCACGUUGGGCUGGUGAAUCCUGGUUGUAUUUGCUACAUGAACUCGCUGGUUCAGCAGCUUUUCAUGAUGCCGAAAUUCAGCGAAGGACUCCUCGCUUUGGAUUUUCCACAGAUAAUAUCCGAUCAAAAAUCUCCGUGGCAAGAGGAAGUUGAACAGCUUCAGAGAUUAUUUGUCUCCCUUGCAUACACAAAUCGUCGCUCGUGUGACCCCGUCGCCUUCGCUCGCUCGCACAAAGACAUGGACGGGAACGCGACGGAUGUCCACAUUCAGAUGGAUGCUGACGAGUUUUUCAGUCUGCUUUUGGACCGUCUGGAGAUGUUUAUCCGUCCAAAAUCCAUGGAUUCUUCCGAAGCCAAGACAGAAGAUUUCAUGGCGCACUGCUUCGGAGGCGUGUUAGUCAACCAGAUUUUAACUCAGCAAGGGAAUCUGUCGGAGCGCGAGGAAAAGUUCUUCGCGUUGAGCGUGGAAGUGUCCAAAAAACGUCAUUUGUCCGAGUCUCUGGAACUUUAUGUGCAGGGCGAGACGCUGGAGGGAGAGAACGCCUACUUCUGCGAGCGCGAGCAGCGGAAAGUGUCGGCCACCAAGCGAGUUUGCAUCAAGAAGCUCCCUCAAACUCUGGUGUGCCACCUGAAACGCUUCGAGUUUGACUACGAUACGAUGGAGAAGAUGAAGAUCAACGACUAUCUCGAGUUUCCCAUGGAGAUCGACAUGUUCCCGUACACCAGCGACGCCGGAGCAGAUAGUGGUGAUGGAAAAUCCAUCAUGUACGAUCUGGUAGGCGUGGUGGUGCACUCGGGGACGUCCGAUACUGGUCACUACUACUCGUUUAUCAAGGACAGAGAGGCGACGGAAAAUCCGCGAUGGCUCGAAUUUAAUGACGAGAUUAUCCGUGAGUUCGACGUCGAGACAAUGGGCGAAGAAUGCUUUGGAGGCGAAGAAGUGGCUCAGAAAUGGAACGCUAUCCAAGGAACGUACUCGCCUCUUGUGCAUAUGAAGAGGAGAAGCGCGUACAUGUUAAUCUACGAGAGACGAUCCGAAGAGAUUUUAUCUGUGGAUUCUGAAAAAUCCACAGUGUCGAGUCAAGUGCAGAUUCUUGCAGAUCAGAUUAUGCAGGUAAACGCACGAUACGAAGGCGUAGUGAACGCGUUCGCCCCCAACUAUGAACAGUUUAUAAGCGACUUGGUGGACAGUGCGACUCGUUCGGAAUGUAGUCCGGAAGUAGCGAGAAAAGCCUGUCAAAUCGGAUACCAGUUUGUGUUCGGCAUCGGCUCACUACGUUGUCGCACGACGGAUUCUUCGUCGGCGUCGAGCUCAAGCGUGUUUAGUCGCAAGAUCAGCGCGCGUGUCGUGUUAUACUUGGCUGGGUAUGGGAAGAGUCCAAGCAGCGACGACGACGACGAGCGUGUGAACUUGAGCAAGUGGAUUUUGACGGAAACUGUAGCCCCUCCCAACAAUUCGCUGUCCAACUCGGCAGCUCUGGAACGUCAACGUACGUGGCUAUUUGACACAUUAUUUCUCACAUUUGAGGGCCAAGAACUGGCAGAUUGUUGCUUCCAGAUCCUCUUGGCUGCUGUGAGAGUUCUUACGUGCGAAAUGACAAAAGCUCCGGAAGCCGACGAAUCUCUUGUGGAUUUUCUUCAAGAAUCCAUGAAUCUACUCUACUCCCGAGAACCGCAUCUCGACGUGAGCGACCCAGUCUCUGGUUGCGUCUUGACACUGUCGAUGGAUGCGAGAAUGACGGCAACGAAGCAACUGGGCGCGUUUUUCGACAAAUGUAUCGGCGAAUCCAGUGAAAAUCCAACACUGAUUUGUCGAUUGUUCCUAGAAAAACUCCAGUUUUUCAACCACUUUCUGCUGUCCCUACAGACGCCUGUUACACCUUCCGAUGUCAUCGCUAGCUCCUCUGUAUCGUCCCGAGGAAUCGCGCCUUUGGCGAUCGAAACGAGGUCUGCGACUCCUGUCCGCGAGCACGAUCUUCGCGUUGCCAUAUUUUAUCUGGAGAUGAAGCUGCUUCGCAAAAUGCUAGAAGCGUAUGAAUCUGAGUCUUUAUCGAUGGAUACUACACCACUUUUCAACCACGCAGCGCUGAAGAACACGGUUUUAUUCGGGUUAGAAGACAUUAUCCAACCUCUAUUGACCCGCGUUAUGUUCGAAAGUGAAAAUCCAAAGUGUGACCGACUGGUGUCUCUACUCGUUGGCGUCUUGGAAGAAGUGAAAGAUACCCACGCGGAUAAAGUGCUGGCUGUAUUUGCGCGACUACUAGACGAGGAGGAAGAGAGAUCGAAAUCCUUCGAAGAAGAUAAGUGGACUCUUCAUCGACAUGUCUUCUCUCCGACGAGGGGAAUUUUAGAGAGUGUCACGUAUUAUCGAGAUCACGGUUCGCGUGAGUACACGCAUUUACUAUUGGAGUUUGUGGUUCGCCGUGCCAGCACGUCCUCGACGCUUCGAGAGUUGUUCAAGCGCGACGCGAAGAUCAGCAACAGUGUGAGCUGGAUCCCUCAAUGGCUACUUUUGGAGUGA